AUGGCUCCAGCAAAUCUCUCCCAGGUGACUGAAUUCGUCCUCAGGGGCGUCUCAGACCGUCCGGAGCUCCAGAUUCCACUCUUCUUUGUCUUCCUGGUCCUCUAUGGGCUGACGGUGACAGGGAACCUGGGCAUCAUCACCCUCACCACUGUUGACACUCAACUGCAGACUCCCAUGUACUUCUUCCUCCGGCACUUGGCUAUCAUCAACCUUGGCAACUCUACUGUCAUUACCCCUAAAAUGCUGGUUAACUUCCUGGUUUUGAAGAAAACUAUAUCCUACUAUGGAUGUGCAGUGCAAAUGGGUGGAUUCAUAGUUUUUAUCGUGGCUGAGAUUUUCAUGCUGGCCGCAAUGGCCUAUGACCGCUACAUGGCUAUUUGCAACCCCCUGGUCUACAUGGUGGUAGUGUCUCCACAGGUCUGCCUUUUGCUGGUGUCCCUCACGUAUGUCUACAGUCUGAUCACAGCACUGACAGUCGCUUCCUGUGUGUUCUCUGUGUCCUAUUGCUCUUCCAAUGUAAUCAACCAUUUUUACUGUGAUAACGUCCCCUUGUUAGCAUUGUCGUGUUCUGACACCUACGUUCCAGAAACAGCUGCGUUUGCCUUUUCAGGAGUCAAUUUGAUUUUCUCUAUGAUUGUUGUUCUCAUAUCCUACCUUAACAUCAUCCUUGCCAUCUUGAGGAUACGUUCCUCAGAGGGGAGACAAAAAGCCUUUUCCACUUGUGCUUCUCACAUGAUGGCGGUCACUGUGUUCUAUGGGACUCUUCUCUUCAUGUACCUGCAGCCCAGGACCAACCACUCAUUAGAUACUGACAAGACAGCCUCUGUCUUCUACACCCUCGUGAUACCAAUGCUGAACCCCCUCAUUUACAGCCUACGUAACAAGGAUGUGAAGGAUGCAUUGAAGAGAUUCCUGGAUAACCCAUGUCAAUCAUUCAAACUAAAGUAA